CCGUGGUACUGUAGUCGCGUGUAGCACUUUACGGCCAGCCGAUGUGCAGUUUCGGGAACUGUUGUUAGCAUUGAAGAUGCUGUUCGUAAGAUUGAUCGUGAUUUGAAACUACACCAUGCAUGAUUCAGAGAUGGAGAUAGACCAGUAGGAGAGGAUGACAAAGGGAAGAACUGGUCAGAGAUGGGCUCAAUCGUGUUGCAAGUAGAAAGGACAUUGUUGAUGAGAAAUUACGCUCAAGCAAAGAAGGGGCUAGAUCAGGUAGGUGCGCCUUGGGCAGGCAUGCGAUGGGGACGGAGUCGCUCGCAACUUCUCUACGCAAAGCAUCAUCGACAAAGCGAAUACGCAAUCAUGAACGACGCCGUCCAUCUCUAUUGCUGACAUGGCUCCGGCGACAAGCCAUAGACUCAUCGAGGCUACCUUCAAGUACCCCAUCAACGCCAAUUCCAACCCGACGCCUGUCAAAACACCUUCUCAGGAAGCCUACACACAAGUAGCCAGGUCGCCCGUCAUCCUUCGAAAGCCUCGAUACAUCGUGCCUUCGCAGGAGGACAUCGUCCAGGACUCCGUUGAACGUCAUUCUCCAAAGCCUGCGCAUCAACCAAAGUCUUUGCCUAAUCUCUUCGAGGCCACCACGGCCGUCGACAACGACCAGACUGUACGAGACUCUCAAGGAGCAAAGUCUGUCGCUUCGGAUCCGCCGUCUCAGAACCAACCUAGCCUUGGUCAGCAACGCUCCGUCGAAGCACACCUAUCCGAUCAAGGCCUUUCUGAGAAUAACCUCGUCGACCAUUCAAUCGAAGCAAAUCAUUCUGCGCAUUCUCCAUCCGAAAACGUCAUCCAGAACGAUACAGUGCAGCCCCAAACUUUUGAGUCUAUCGAAUCCCAGAAAGACGUCGCUCUAAGAGAGUCGCUCAAAGUGCAACGUGUCGAGCACAUCCCGUCAGACGACAACGAGCACGACGAGGAUAUUGCGGAUUGUAUCCAAGUCCGUAUACCCACAUCUCCAAAGAUUGAUAGUACCAAGUCUUCGACAGGAGACAUAUCUGCAUCUCGGCAGGACGAGGAAAUCGACAGUAAAACUUCUCUCAACCCAACCGGAACCUCGCAGCGUGGGGUCUCUGCUACAACUGCUCCUACUACUCCCAGCAUGGCGCCCCAGGCUUCCAUCUCCAAGGGCACUUCUAAAAGCAAGACGCCAGCAAACCAAUCACAGAAACGCGCGAGUCAAUCUCGUUCCUCUCAGCCGCCCAAUUCGGAAAUCACCAACAGAGGCGAGACUUCAGCCACUGUUCUUCUCCGACAGAUGAGAGCUGGCGCAACCAGUCAAAACGAUGUCAGACGUCAAGUCUUGAUUCCAGCUCUUCCCCAUUUGUCUGUAGCUCCAACCAAGCCUUCACAAAAGGCUUCAGCGCGUCCUUCUCAGGCCACUAUCAAGAAGCCUUCGGUCAAGACUUCGCGACAGAACCAGGAUAAGAGCCAGGAUAGGUCUCGGAAACUCCCCAAGAGACAAGAGUCACGCAACACAGAACCGUCUGAUGAUGCAUUAGAUGAGUACGCUGUGCCACAGAGUGGUCAGAAGAGAUUCGCGAAGCCACCUCAGAAGAUAAAACCAGCUGCUCCAACUGUACCUCCUGUCAGCAAAGGCAAGAGCCAGUCGAAGAGACAGACAGUCAAUGCUCCAGAAACAGACGAGGACGAUGACGAUGACGACGAGGUAUACAAGGCACCGAAGACAAACACAAGUAAAGCAGGACCUGAAAAGAGAGAGACUCGAUCGAGUACACGUCUUCAGACCGGGAAAAUCACCAAGGAUACCCGAUUGAACGUUCCUACCCGUAACACGACCAACGAGGCAGCGAAGAAGGUCGAAAAGGCCGAAAAGCCGGUGCCGCGGCAACCUCCUACAUCACGGGUUGCAAAAGCUCAAAGAGUAGAAGAGCUUGAGGACUUCGAAGACAGCGUGACUCACGUCAACUCGGACAGGGUUGCUAAACUACAGCCUGCUGUUCGACCACGAACAGCCAUACCUCCUGCCGAACAGAGGAAGCCCCGGCCUGUGACCGACAAGGGAGCAAAGUUGAUGCAUGCAAUCUCUAGCCCCAGUCAGACUGUCCCUGCCGCAACGUCUGUCGCCACCAAGACUAAGAAGAAGGCCCCCGCAGCAGAACAUCGAUUUUCCACUCCCGCGGAAAAGCCUAUUGGCGAACAAGGCACCACACAGCGACAUCCUAUAACUGUCGAUGAUGAUGGAGAUGAUAGCGAUGAUGACGAUGCUGUGAACGCAGCUUAUCAAGACGACUACGACGAGCUCGUCACUCACGAGAUGAGCCAGGAAGAACCAGCAAAGCAAGACAGGCCCAAAUUAGAAGAGCCUUCCAUACAAUCUCCGUUCACACUGGCUCAACCAAAACAUCUAGUAGGGGAGCGCGACAGCCGCAAGACUAACGUCAUAGGCUUCGACAGCACUGGACCAAAGAAUCAAGGCGUUUCACACCAAAAGCACACUGGAUCGAAUCUGCCGCUACCCUUCGAAGAAAACACUUCCUCUCCUGACAAUUACAACGCGCAUGAACCACCUGUCGAUACAACAACCUACUACGAUGAUACCCCUCUGAUGAAGCCACUCGAGUCUGAUCGAGCCGCCAAGGUUCCGAUUCACGUCAGCACUGUUGGCGAGGUCGCCUCCGUGGAACUCGGAGAUUCUGCUUUGUCAAAACCUCCGUCUACCAAGACCGUAGUGAGCGUUGAAGUGUCCAGAUCAUACGAUAUGGCACCGCCACCAGUCCCAAAAAAGGCUGUCGUAACUGGUUCAGAACGAGGACCUGUUGAAGGAACUCAUGUGCGGUUGGAGGAGAAAAGGCAAAAGGAAGCUACACCACAGACUAGAUCUGAAGCCGCAAAGAGUCUGGCUCAGUCACCUUCUCAGCCCUCGAUCAACAAAUCUGAUGCUCCACCUCGUAGGCCCCAAGGAGAAGAGACCGCAACGAAGCCUUCUGGUGCGCUGUUCAAAGGCAGGGCGUCAACCGGAUCUCAGAGCCACAACGAGCAAGUUGCGCUCAACUCGAAACGUCCAGAUGUUCGAAAGCCCCAAAUUGUGACGGCCCAGAGGGAUCCAGUUCAAGCCACAAGACCUGCCCAGAAACAGCCAAAGCGGGAUCGCCUCGAUCAGGCUCAUGCAGAGCCAGUCUCGAACACACGCGUAGCGAUGAUCAUACCAGAUUUCGACCAUACACCUGAGGCAGUUGCUGGCAAAGUUGCCGUAGAUUUGGGCUUGGAUCAGACGGGUAGGCCGCCAUCACGCUCAAACCAGGCAGACAAACCUGCACUCCACCAAAAGCGGUCGCCUGUUGCGAUGACGAAGGAGCCUGCUAAAAGACAGAGAACGAACGCUCAGGGCUCUCGUCAGCCGGCAGCCCUUCCCACGACGGCGGCCAACCCGCUUAUACGCAAGUUGUCACAAGUCGCCGAUAAUGGAUCACCUAUACCUUUCGGAGAAGAAAUACCUCCAGAAACAGACGUCCGCCGAACAAGACACGGGGGCUCGUCGUUGUUGCCACCCGUUGUGUUCGCUGAACAACCUACUGUGGAUCCUUUUGCUCAAAUCAUUGCCUCAAAACAAAGGGGGAACGUCAGACAAGAGAAUCCUUUGGAAGAAUUGCCAAACAUGCAUCAGGAUUGGCCAGUUCAGGUAUCACAGGCCGUCACACAUGCUGGGUUCGAAGGAGAGACACAGUUAUCUGCAAGCUUCGCCCAAGCGUCCGAACCUGAAAGGAGGUCUCAGCCUGGACAACAGAAAGACCUAGUUCGAACGGCAAAUGUCCCUCAGAGGUCUCUCGGACUGUUGAGCACACUGCGAUCAGAAGUGAUUCCACAGGCUGAUGUCCAAGACGAAGCGGAAAGAGAAAAAUCAGAGGAGGCCUCGCAAGCCGAUGAAGCUAUGGAAGAGGACGACCCGGACAAAACGCUUGUCAACGAGAUCUCAGAUGACGAGGAUGGUGAUGAUUCGGAGUCUGGAGACUCUUCCGAUUCUGAUGACAGUGGUGAAGCGUACGAUCCGCAGUCGCUAUGGAGAAAGGCACUGGACUCGCAUCAGGGACAUGUCUACGACCAGUUGGUCCGAAUUGCGCAUCGUUUGACAGUGCACCUGAAGGACCACGAGACUGCUAUCGAGGAUACUAGCAAAGAUUACCGUCAAGAUGGAGCAAAGCUCAUUGAUCGCUUAGAGAAAGACAAUGAAGAAAGACUUGAGCAGUAUCGUAUCAGAGCAUCCAAGAUGAAAGGAGCUUUGGCCCUCGGAUUCAAGCAAGUGUCAGGAAUUCUUCACAAGGACAUGAAGGACAUGACGGUGAGCAGUGAUAGAUACGGCAAGAUGUUGCAGAAGCAGGUGGAUGCAGGAGGAAGGUUGGAGCAGAUCAUGCAGGCUUAUCACCCGUGAUGAGUGAAGGAAAAGGAGAAGAAGGGAUUCGCUGUCUUGCAAAGUUGAUAUUGAUAUGUUGCUUCCGAAGAAAAGUAUUUUAGAUAGUCUUGAUAGCUUGAUAGUCAAUAGUGGCUGCACAAAGAUAUGAAAAGGUUAUGCC